AUGCCCUACCGCGCGCCUGCCAUGGACGACUACACGUCCACCUACUGGCUCUACAAGAAGGAGACGCGCGACUUUAGCACCUGGCUCGCCGAGACGGCACUCGCCCUCGGUUUCCCAGAGCAUCGCUUCGCCUCGCGCUCCCACUGCGACAGCAACAGCCACCCGCGCCAGCACCAACGUCAUCAGGCCGAGCGACAGCAGCGUGACAGGACGCGGCAUGCCACCGCCAGCACUUCGACGGCAGGAUCGUCGUCGUCCCAAGCAUCCAUGUGGCCCUCUUCCUCUUCCUUGCCUGUGACGGCGAGCCCUCACAAGCACAAGGCCAGCAGCGCCAACAACGACAGCAAUCACGACGCCAACGGCGGCGGCGGCGGCGGCGGCGGCAACUGCUGCGGCACAGGCGCCCGCGACGAGGGCGGCUACAUCCUCAAGAUGCACCAGUUCACCGAGCUGGCACGCUUCAUCGCGGCCCAGGGCCACCGCAUCGCCGGCGAGUGGCUCCAGCUGCUCCGCCGCUGCAUCCAGCGCCGCGUCGUCUGCCUCGACUUUUUCGCACAGCAGUCGGAACCCUCGCUCGUGGGCCACGCCUUCUUUGUCGACGUCCUCCUCCAGGUCGCCGACAUCCUCGAGCCCUGCGUAGCCCACCACCAGCAGCAGCAGCACGAGCAGCAGUCGUCGUUCCAGGCCGAGUCACGGGCGUCGGCCAACCAUCUCGACUCGGGAGCAAACACCCACGUCAGCGCCACCCCUCGCAGCAGCCCCGGCAAGACGCAGGGGAAGGACAGCAAGAAGACGCCAGCCAAGGGCAGCGGUACCAAGAAAAAGGUCUCGCUGACGCUCCGCGAAAAGGUCGGAGACAACCUCUUCGCGGGCCUCGACGUCGAGGAGGCGCCCGAGGCCGACCAGACCCCACCACCAACGCCGGAUGCCGCGACCGCACCCGCACCGGCCCUGAAGCUGCUCGGCGCCCUCAAGUUCCGCCGCUUCGACAUCGAGGACAGCUUCGAGGAGGCCUUUUGCGCGUGCUCGGCCUUUUUCGCCGAUGUCCGCGAGGUGCGCCGCAUCGUGCGCCAGCUCUGGUCCGACUACCGCUGCCACCAGGUCGACCUGGUCACGGCCUCGGUCGUCACCAACUCGGCCUUCCAGCUGCUCGAGGAGGCACACGAGGACCUGCUGUGGGACCACGCCCACUUUACCCUCAGCUCCGGCGGCUUCUUCUUCUCGCUCGUCGACCGCGUCUUUCAGAUGCGCACCGGCGAGAAGCUGCUCGAGGACCGCAAGGUCACGCGCGUCGACACCGGCGACGGCCCGGCCAAAGGCGGCGGCAACGGCAAGGCCAACGCCAACGCCAAAGCGAAGGCUAAGGCCAAGUCCAAGGCCAAGGCCAAGGCGCAGGCCAAGGACAAGGGCAAGGCCGCGCGUCCGGACAAGAGCGAGGGCGGCAGCGACGGGCAGAAGCUGUGCCGCUUCGAGAGCGAGGCGUCUCGCCAGGCCAUGGCGACGCUCGACGACCAGUUCAUGCUCUCCUCGUUCGACCUGCUCCACUCGCUCUUCCUCACCUGGGACGCGCGCAGGGACACAAAAGGCCCGCUCGCCGCCUGGCGUGCUCUGCCACCCGAGCAGCAGCACCGGAAGCGGCAGGGACCGCCCUCGAACUCACCGGCGGCUGGCGAGGGCCAGGUCCAGGUCGAAGCGGCCCACCCGGACGACCUCCUCAUCCAGGCCUUUGACGACUUUGCCAUGCUCGACGAGAUCAGCAUCACGCUGUCCUCGGCGAUGGACGAUCGCUACGUCGGUGGCAACCGCCUCGAUGCCCUCUACCGCGAGUUCAAGGACUGCAUCGAGGACGGCGAGGCCUCGCUGCUGCUGCACGUCGAGAUGCAGAUCUACCUCGACGUCCAGGCUGCGCUGGGCGACCAGAUCGGCCGCGGCCGGAUCGAGUCCAAGCGCUACCUCCGGCGCAUGUUGCGCAGCUUCGCAGAGGCUGGCAAGUUCGAGACGCUGCUCUCUGCAGAACCUUCGCUCCAGUACAAGCACGGCACCUAUAUCAGCUCGACCCGUUGGGAGAUCGAGGACAUUCUCGAUGAGUUGCAGCGGCGCGAAGAACUGCUCCUGACUUCACGCUGGAAGACGGCGGCCGAUGGCGACGGCGACAACGAGGAUCGAGAAACUCACGGCAGCAGCAACGGCGUCAAGCCUAUCGUCUUCGCCCCGAAUCACCAGCGUAUCAAGUGGGGCAGUCCACUGACGCCGACACGGCCGAGGCCGCCGAGCAGGUCGCUCCUCGAGCGCCACCCGACGUUUUACGGUCUGCAGGUAUUUGACGCCCUGUGCGCCUACAACCACUUUGCGCUGCACGCCGCCAACACGUCGACGGCCAUCCUCACGUGCGCGCACCUGUAUGUGGCGUGCCGGCACCACUGCGCCGACAUGGUCGAUAUUCCCGAAGGCAUCAUCCGGUGGCCAGACAUGGACCUGCUCAUCGAGCUGCAGGGCGCCGGGAAGCUGUUUGGCGGCAAGGUGCCCGCCACCCUGGCCGAGUCGUGCCGCGCCGCAUGGCUGGUGUACGGCUACCCGGACGACAUCCUGCACCCGCUGAUGCAGGGCAGCCGGGUGCGGCGCACCGAAGCGCUCAAGAAGCUCAAGGGGCUGCACAUCUACACGCGCACCGACCGCCUCUCGAACGACUCGACGGUGCUCGACGUGUUCACCGUCAACUCGGACCGGUGCUGCACGCGGAGCACCCUGUCGGGCAACCUCAGCCUCGGCACCAAUCGGAUCCAACGCAUCCUGGACGAGGUGCGCGCGCACGAGCAGCGAGGCAGUCCCGGAAGCAGCGGCGGGCGUGCCUCCCUCGCUUCACCCGGACCUCCAAGCCUCGCCAUCGGCAAUGGCAAUGGUAGCAUGACCAAAGGCAGCGUCGGCAACGGCAGCGGCGGCAACGGCGUCGUCGUCGUCACCGCCAACGUCGGUGGCACCAAGGCGGCCCGCAAAAAGGCGACGAGAGCCUACUUCCAGCAGCACCGCGGCAAGACGGCCAAGGACCUCUCGAUCGUCGGCGUGCUCAAGGUGCUCUCUGCCGGGCUGCGCCUGGGGAUGCCCGUGCUACAGUUCGACUACCUCUCGCUGCUGACGCAGUGCUACGCCGUGCUGCGGCCCGUCCAUGCGCUGUUCCAAAAGGACCCGUGCGUGGCGUCGCUGGGCGCCGAGCUGCCCAAGGGGUGCCGGCUGAUGGACAUGGCGUGCAACGUGCUCCAGACCAGCCUGGAUCGCCGCCGCAACGUGGGCAUCUUUCGCGGCCGGCGGGUCGGGCCGGAUAUCGAGGUGCUCAAGAGCAGCCUGGUGAUUGAGCUCGAAAAGACGAUGCGCGCCGCCCUGGCCGAGGCGGGCGACCGCAGCCGCGAGUGUCGACGCCUGAGAGUGUCCUGGAUCAGCGAGGGCGAUGACGAGAGGGAGGGCGAGGUUGAGGGCAUCGACGACAAGACGACCGCGAGUGCCAGAAGCGGUGGCCAAGGAGGCGGCGCCAAGCCCUCUGCCGCCGCCGCUGGACCCCGGGCUGCGGUGCUGACCGACGACGAUGCGGCAUUUGAUUCCUGGCUCGGCCUCCGCUACGGCGUCUGGAGCGUCACGAGCAAGAGCAAGGCAGGCUGA